UAUAUAAUACGUGUUCGAAAUUUCCACUAUUUAUCGACACUUAUUGUUGGCAAAUAUUAUUCACUUAUCAGUGAGAUGGAGUAUUACAAAGAAAAUGAUGGAUGGAAAUCUUUUCUAUAGUUAGUUUAUGUUACUAAUUACUUCGUCGCAGUUUAUGAAAGUAUGGAUGUUGUUUUUUUUAUUUAAAAUUAUCAAUAUCGAUGAUAGUAAUUGAGAAAAUAUUUCGUUGAUGCAGUUAUAUCAUUAUGUCAGGAAUGCAGGGCGAUGCUAAUAAAGAUAAUAAUCUAAGAAGACAGGGGUCGUUUAGAAAAUUACUACCUUUAAAUACUAAUGGAGAUUCUCAAUUGAGUAUGUCCGUGAAAAUGAUCGAUAGGCCGACAGUUUCGCAAACUAAUAAGGAAUAUGCUAUUUAUUUGCAAGAGUACAAUAUUUUGUCAGAAUACAACAUGUUAUGCACGCAAGACCUAAAGGGUAUCUAUGUCAUACCAUCUGCUCAAAAUUCUUUAUUAUGGUUUGGCGUUCAAUUUGUCCGACAAGGAAUAUAUCAAGGAGGAAUCUUUAGAUUUAAUAUUAUGCUACCUCAAAAUUUUCCAGAUGGAGGUUGCCCUAGAGUCACAUUUCAAACUCCAGUUUUUCAUCCUCUAAUCGAUCCUGAAUCUGGAGAGUUGUGCACAACGUGGAGUUUUCCUGAAUGGAGAAAAAGCAAUAGAAUUUGGCAACUGGUACAAUUUAUAACAAAAGUAUUGACAAAAGUAGAUAUUAAAAUGAAUUCCAUAAAUCAAGAAGCAUUCAAUUUAUUAGAAAAUAAUUUUGAAGCUUUUCGAGAUCGUGUAAAAAAAUGUGUGAGGGAAAGCUUGAACAAAGUUUAUGAUCCACCUCCAGUCGAUGAUCCACAUUAUAUUACUUUUAGUCCAUAUGUCGGUGAACUUUAUGAUUCUAUUAAACAAGAAAUUUACCAGUCCAAGGACGAAGAAGAAAACAAAGCGUUGGGUUUGUCCUGGGUACAGCCAGGUUCCCUUCAACCAUUUUCAAAACCUGAAGUAAGAUAAUAAAUUUAGGUAAU